AUGAAAGAGAAAGAAGCAUAUCAGAGAUAUGAAUGGCUUGGGCAUCUCAUGCGAUUCAGAAAUAACGCUAUCAUCCUUUUGACUAUUAUCUGCCUCCAGUUGCCAUUUGAGUUGGCAUAUGCUCAUCUUUAUGAAGUUAUUGAAUCAGAUGUUAUGAGGAUUCUUCCAGAGUCUCAUGCAUGCAAAUUCAAGAAUGUUUCGCAGAAUAUUGAUGAUUGCAUUCAUGUUGCCUGUGGAAAAAUGGUGUGUGGAGCUGACAAAUUGAUAUCCCACUUUAUUCUUGCUUACAAAGCAAAGAGUACUUUAAGGCAUUGUAUGCUUUGGCUUCCCUUUCCAUGCAUAUGGUUAUUCCACCGAAACUUUGCAUCCAGUGCUAGUGGUGAAUAUCCUCUUCAUAUUCUCUUGCGCAUGUUUGGAUUGACAGCUGUUUACCUUGUUAUCAUUCAGUAUUUUACAAAGAUCGGGGGAAAAAUAUCAGUGAAACUAACACAAUAUGAGAACAAUGAAAACACAGAAUAUCAGGCUGACAGCUUGGUCUACAAAUCAUAUAUUGGAGUUUUCUACCAUGCCCUUUUGCAUCGCAACUUUAUGACCCUUCGCCAGGUCUUGGUUCAACGUGUGAUUAUCUAUCAGGUGUUGGAAAAUCUGUUCGAAAACUCACUGCCCUAUUUCAAAUACAGCUAUAAAAAAUAUAGUGCAGUUAGAAACAAGAAAAACCGUGAGAAUGGGAAGAUCCAGUUCAAUUCCAAGGUGGAGAAAGAGUACCUAAAACCUACAUAUUCUGCAAGUGUUGCUGAGGAACUAGAAGAUGGCCUUUUUGAUGACUUUCUCGUGUUGGCUUUGCAGUUUGGAAUGAUCAUGAUGUUUGCUUGUGCAUUCCCCCUCGCAUUUGCCUUUGCUGCUGUGAACAGCUUCACAGAAAUUAGAACUGAUGCUCUGAAGCUGCUUACUAUGUUCAAACGACCAGUUCCUCGUGCUGCUGCUACCAUUGGAGCUUGGCUAAACAUAUUUCAGGAAGGAAAAUGGAAAUUAGAGCCUGGCCUCGCAGCAAUUCUCAUCAUGGAGCACGUCCUCCUCCUAAUUAAAUUUGGAUUCUCUCGCCUUGUUCCUGAGGAACCUGCUUGGGUAAGAGCCAACCGAGCAAAGAAUGCAACACAAGCACAGGAUGUCUGUUCUAAACAGCUUUUGAGGAGCAUAUCUGGCGGAGAAAAGGCAUUUCGAUUGAAGAAGGCUGAGUGA